AUGGCUUCCCCAGAAAUUGAAGAAGAGCCUUUGAAAGGUCCUCCCUCAAAAUUUACAAUCACAGGUCUUGUGAUUAUACUAGUUGCAAUCUCUCAAGGAUUUUUAGGAUUAUCAGACCUCUCUAUGAGCUAUCUUUAUAAAGAUGAUUUUGGUAUGGGUCCCUCAGAAGUGGCCUUUGCAAGCUCUCUUGCCUCAAUUCCUUGAAUUAUCAAACCAUUAUGGGGUUUUAUCUCUGAUUGCUUUCCUAUUUUCGGAAGAAGGCGCUCUCCUUAUCUUGCAAUUUUCGGCAUAAUUGGGAUGUGCUCAUGGAUUUACAUGUCAUCAUCUGUAAAUACUCCGGUGGCAGCGGUCAUAACAAUGCUUAUUAUACAAGUUUGCACAGCAUUUUGCAAUGUAAUUGGCGAGGCUCUUGUAGUAGAAGAAAGCCAAAAAGGAGGCGACAGCCCUGAAGAUGCUUCAAAAUAUGUUACAUUAUUUUUUGGGACAAGAGCUUUUGGGAUGCUAAUUACUGCAUACUCAGGAGGGAUUUUACUAGAAUAUAUUGACAAAAGAACUGUAUUUUUAAUUACUGCCUGCUUUCCUUUACUAUUGUGUGUAGCUGCUUUAUUAAUGAAGGAACAUAGGGUAACUGAAAAUCCAACUAUUAAUACCCAAAUAAAAGAAAUUUGGCAAUUUGUCAAGAUGCCACAAGUAGCCUGACCGAUUACUUUUAUUUUCUUAUUUAUGUGUACACCAUCGUCUGGGGAUGCUAUGUUUUUCUAUUAUACAAACGAUUUAGGGUUCGAAUAUGAGUUUAUGGGAAGAAUGAAAAUGGCUUGGGGAUUAGCAACUUUAAUAGGGAUGCUUGUAUAUAAUAAAUGACUUAAAGACGUAAAAUUCAAGCCAAUGUUCUUCUGGUCCUGUAUUAUAGGCUGCGUAAUGGGUUUGACUCAAAUUUUAUUGGUCACGAGAUCUAACGUUGCUCUUGGUAUUCCUGAUACCGUUUUUGCACUUUCAAGCAACUUUUUAGUUCAAGCUCUUGGAGAGCUGAAUGCAAUGCCUUUGCUUGUGCUUUGCUGCAGAAUUUGUCCUAAAAAUAUUGAAGGUUCAUUGUAUGCGCUGCUUAUGUCAACAUGAAAUUUUGGAAAUUUAGUUUCAAGCCAGUUAGGAGCGGUUCUUAUGAUAUAGAGGCUGCCUUUGAGUAGCGCGCUAAGCGCCCGAGACUUCCCGACGAAGUCUGGGCGGUGGUUUGACCAGCUGAUGUUGGUCAAACCAGCAUCCAAUUUGACAAAUCUUCUAUAUGAGAAGAAUUUGUCAUUUUGGAUGUUGGUUUGACCAACAUCAGCUGGUCAAACCACCGCCCAGACUUCGUCGGGAAGUCUCGGGCGCUUAGCGCGCUACUCAAAGGCAGCCUCUAUAGGCCUUGGAAUAACUGAAACCAAUUUCAAAUUGUUAUGGCUUAUGCUUUUGCUGACAAAUUUAAUUAUGCUUAUCCCUUUGCCGCUUCUUAAAUGUAUCCCUGAAUAUGAAAGAGUCGAGAAAGAGGAAAGAAAUAGUGAUGGAUAUAACGAUGUUUAG